AUGGUGUUGCCUCCAGGUUUUGAGAGUGACACACCUGAUCAAGUCUGCAAACUAAAGAGGUCCUUAUAUGGUUUGAAACAGGCUAGUAGGCAAUGGAAUGCCAAGCUAACAAAAGCCCUACAAGUUGAUGGUUUCCAACAGUCCUCUGCUGAUCCUUCUUUAUUUACCAAAGCUGUGGACAACUCAUUCAUAGCUUUGCUUAUAUAUGUAGAUGACAUUCUGGUGGCAGGAACAGACUCAAAGCAAAUACAAGGUCUAAAACAGAUGUUGGAUGACUCUUUCAAGAUUAAAGAUCUUGGCCAGCUCAAUUACUUUCUGGGAAUUGAGGCUAUUAGGAGUCCUAAUGGUCUUAACCUGUGUCAAAGAAAAUACACCUUGGACAUCCUACAAGAAAAUGGCUUUCUUGAUGCUAAGCCUGCAAAGACACCAUGCUCUCAGAGCCACAAACUUACAAGUACUGAUGGCAUUCUCCUGCAUAAACCUGAAAUUUUUAGGAGAUUAGUUGGUAAACUUCUAUAUUUGACUAACACAAGGCCUGAUAUUGCCUAUGCUGUCCAACAGCUAUCUCAGUAUGUGGAUAAACCAAGGGAUACACAACUAGCAGCAGCUCAUAGGGUAUUAAGAUACCUCAAAGGCUCCCCAGGCAAAGGGCUGUUCUAUUCUUCUGCUUCUCAGAUCAAGCUGCAAGGUUUUUCAGACUCAGAUUGGGCAAAUUGCACAGAAACAAGGAAAUCCAUAACAGGCUACUGCAUUUACCUUGGCAACUCUCUUGUUUCAUGGAAGACAAAGAAACAAGCCACAGUUUCAAAGUCUUCAUCUGAGGCUGAGUAUAGGGCAUUAGCCUCCACAUUUUGUGAAAUACAAUGGCUUAUAUAUCUCCUAACAGACUUGAAUAUACAAUGCAGUAGCCCUAUUGCCUUGUUUUGUGACAACAGAUCAGCUGUGGCAAUAGGGGAGAAUCAUGUCUUUCAUGAAAGGACAAAGCACAUAUAA